AUGCCUCCUCGCAAGGGCAUCGUUAAAACUGGGAAUGCAGGAAAUUCAUCAAAGGCAACCAAAAACUCUGGCGUAGGUUCGCCUUUGCAGUCAGCUGAUGCAGAGCAAGAAAAACCACUCUUCCCACCCGGAUCCAAGUAUCCUUUGAGUCUACUUCAAGAAAGGUGCCAAAAGAGUGGCUGGGACAAGCCGACCGUCGAGACGAUCCACAAGCGUAAACAUGGCAAUGAUUGGUCUUUCGCUGUUCACAUCGCCCGGUUCGAUAAGAAAACAUCGCAGACAGAAAGGGUCCGACUGGAACCUCACCCACCUUAUUUGAGAUCGACUGCGCUAGAAGCGCGUCAUUGGGGUGCCACAUACGCUCUGUACCGUUUCUGUAAUGCACUUCAGCUUAAUCGCGUAUUACCACCUGGGCCUCGUGAUUACUGGACUGAACUAACAGUCGAACAUAAAAAUGUUCCAGAACACAUGAAAUGGAUGUAUGAUGCUGAUCCUUUUGCUGCACGUAGAGCAGUAGAUGAGAGACAAGCGAAGGCAGUCAAAAAUCAACAACAAGGAAAUUCAAAAACCUCCAUGAUGCUGGGGUCCAAGGAGUUCGCUAAUUCCCCCGAGGUGAGAAUGUCCACUGAGUUGCGGGAUUUGGUGGAAGAUGUUGUCAAGAAGGUAAAUCAAACUUCAAUGACAGAGGCUGGCAAUGCGCUGCACUUUGGUGAAGACCCUGUGGCAUCUGUGUUGCCCGCGGAGGCUAUACCAGCUGUUACCCAGCAGCUCAGUCACUUAGGUUUCAAGUCUGAUCAAACACGUAAUACAUUGGCCUUUCUAUCCAAACCUUCGGCUCUCGGGGGUAAUUUGUUGAAUUCAAUGAGCCCGCUGGAGGCGUGCAUAGAACAUCUAGUUCUUCAUCUCCCAGAAUGCGACCUUCCCGAGCGCUUCUUUCCUGGAAAUAAUUCCUCCGAUCCAUUUAUUGUCUCUGGUCACUCUGGCUCUGACGACUUGGCAAAGCGAUGGGUGGAGGAGAAAAUUAUCAAAGAGGCUGGAUUUCCUGCACACACUGUCAAAGAGUGUACUGACAGGGACUCGGUAACAAAUGUGGAUCUGCUGGUAGCCUCUUUAGAUCAUCGCCUCCUAGGUGAGAGUGCGGGUGCCCAAGCCAAUCCAGAUGACAUGAUUCUGGCUAAUGCUCUUGGGGCCCAUUUUGUCGACGCGAACCAUGUAUCAAUGCCUCUAUUCAGCGCGCCCGUGGAGCUGCACUCUGUCCCGCCGUACAUGCGACUUCAUCUUCUCUCACAUUUGUUGCAAGAAAUGAAACGGGACGGGUUUAUGGAGUCGGGAGAAGGCUUUCUUAUGGCAGCAAUGAGGGUCCUCGAGGAGCAAUGGGCACACGUUCAGUCCAACGGUUCGCCGGAUGUAUCGGAAGUACUAAAAUUCUUGAUACCUUCGCCCACCUCGUCGCCCACUGUCCAUACAGCUGCUGUUUUGCCGAGGGGUCUUAACGAAACAGCGCGUCACAACAUCCGGCGUCGCGGUGACAGUCGAUCGAAUUCGCAGGUUAAGUUAGAUUUUGACAAAUUGUGCCAAUCUCAGGCAUAUGCAACGAUGUUAUCAGCUCGUAGACGCCUUCCUGCAUUUGCUGCCAAGGACAAUUUUUUGUCCUUGCUCGAGCGCAACAGAGUAGUUGUCGUGGUUGGAGAAACAGGGUGUGGCAAAACCACUCAGCUUCCACAAUUCAUCCUAGAUUCCUUGAUACUUUCGGGACACGGUGCUGAAGCUUCGAUCAUUAUCACCCAGCCUCGCAGAAUUUCUGCCGUAUCUGUUGCUGCGCGGGUUUCUGCGGAACGGAUAGACGACGGCUCUGUUGGAUAUGCUAUUCGUGGAGAGACUAAGCAUAACCAAUCGACCAAGUUGCUCUUCUGUACGACGGGAGUUGUUUUACGAAGGCUAGGCUCCGGCGACGGGUUAAAGGAUGUCACACACAUUGUUGUUGAUGAGGUUCACGAACGUUCUGUCGAUGGUGAUUUUCUUCUUCUAGAACUCAAGGAAUUAUUAGCACGACACUCUACACUCAAGGUGGUGCUCAUGUCGGCAACAAUCAAUCAUGAAACAUUCGUGAAAUAUUUCAACAACGCCCCGAUGUUGACUAUCCCAGGCUUUACACACCCAAUCACAGAUUUGUAUCUAGAAGACUACAUAUCGUCAGUUUCCUAUAAGCCGGCAUCAGUCAAACCAAAUAGAAGAGAAUCAGAAGAAGAGAAACAUGCAUUCAGGGAUUAUUGCAGUUCCAAGGGCCUCAGCGAAGAGUCGACAUCUGCAAUCCAAAACAUUAUGCACGCGGAAAGGAUUGACUAUCAGGUUCACAUCGUUGCAACGUCACAACGAGGCGGAAUUUUGAUUUUCCUUCCUGGAGUUCAAGAAAUUCGAUCUUGUAUUGAUGUAAUGCGUGGCAUGCUCGGUGAGAAGGCUGAGAUAUUGCCUUUACAUGCGAACUUGUCAAACGACGAACAACUGGCUGUUUUUGCGAAUACAAAACGAUGGAAAAUCAUUGCCGCAACAAACGUUGCCGAGACGUCCAUCACCAUUGAAGAUGUUGUCUACGUUGUGGACUCGGGAAGAGUCAAAGAGACAGGGUAUGAUCCAGAAAGCGGGCUAUCUCUCUUGAAAGAACAAUGGGUUACGCGUGCCGCAGCCCGCCAGCGCAGGGGUCGGGCCGGCAGAACGCAGUCAGGGGUUUGCUACAAGCUUUAUACUCGCAAGCAGGAAGAGAAAAUGGGCCGUUUCCCGAUACCCGAAAUACUACGAACACCAUUGGAGAGCAUUUCGUUAACCGUGAAGGUGAUGCGCGAGAGUGAGGAUGUGAAGCAUUUCCUGAAUCGGGCCAUCGAUCCUCCCGAAGUGUCUGCAAUGGAUAAGGCCUGGAAUGUCCUUGAGGAGCUCGGAGCCAUUGAUGCCGAUGGCCACUUGACUGCUCUUGGGCGCCAUAUUUCAAUGCUACCCGUGGAUUUGCGACUCGGGAAGAUGCUAGUUCUUGGCACGAUUUUUCAAUGUCUAGACCCAAUUCUUACGGUUGUAGCUUGCCUCUCGUCAAAACCUUUAUUCCUCAAUCCUAUGAAUAAUAGGGAUGAAGCCACUAAGGCGAAAUUACGUUUUGGCGAAGACAAAAGCGAUCUACUCACAGAUGUCAAUGCGUAUGGUGAAUGCAUGCACCUUCAGUCUGAGGGCAAGAGUCAAAAAGCAUUGAAACUUUUCUGUGAAGAGAACUUUAUCUCAACGUCCACUGUCAGGGAGAUCACUUCAUUACGCCGCGACUUCCUCUCCUCUCUUUCAGAUCUCGGUUUCAUCCCGCGUUCUGCAAGAGCGAGUUCAGAGGAAUUGAAUACGAACAGUGCAAACACAAACAUUGUCAAGGCUGUCAUUCUUGGUGGCCUGUGGCCUCGCGUUGCUCAAGUGCAUCUUCCGCGUUCAGCGAUCAAAUUCGAUAAAGUGCAAGCGGGCACUGUUCAGCGCGAAAAUACUGCAAAAGAGUACAAGAUUCACGAUCUGACAGACGUGCGCGUCUUUUUGCAUCCUUCGUCUGUCCUCUUUGGCGAGUCGACGUGGAAAUCGCCGUUUUUGGCGUACUUCCAGAAACAGAUGACUAGCAAGGUUUUCAUCCGCGGUGCGACUCAGGUUCCGAUGUACGCAUUACUUCUAUUUGGUGGACCUGUGUCCGUCAAUCACAUUGGGGGCGGUCUCACUGUUGGAAAGGGUGGAAGCAUCGUCAAAUUGAAGGCAUGGCCCCGCAUCGGAAUUCUGGUGAACCAGCUCAGACGUCUCCUUGAUGCGCAAUUGCAGCAAUGUAUCGAAGACGGAUCAAUGUUAAGCGCCAGUCAGCAUAGUGCAGUGGCCAAUGCUAUGAGCGUGCUGCUCGCCAACGACGGCCUAUCUGGAUAA